GACGUUCGUUAUCGAUUUAGUAACGCAGUCGGCUGUGGGAGUUUGCCGUAUAUAUCGGAGAAUCGUUAUAGCUUUUAAUCCUUUUUUUUUCUUUAGACACGAUUCCCAUCGAUCGUUUUAUUAUACUAUAUUUUUUGUGGUAAUAUUAAUAUUUUCGCGAAAAUUAACCUUGACAUUUUGUUCUCGUUUCGGAUGUCAGUAUGAUAAAUUUAAAGACAACCAUUUCCUUCCUCAGGGAUCGACCAUUCGUUCAGCAGUUAUUUGUCAAUCUACUGUUGGCGCCGACAAUUAUUACGCUGACGACAAACGCUCCAACGUCGUCUGCCAUGAACUUGUUUGAAAACUACAGCUUGUCUACAGUGGAAAUAAUCCAAAACAAUGGUUAUGCCGUUGAAGUCCACAAUGUUAUCACGGCCGACGGUUACAUCCUGGAGUUGCAUCGUAUCCCCAGGAGCAAGCGCGGACAGGAGCCCACUAGAAACCAUCCGAUACUAAUCCAUCACGGAAUUCUCGGGACAUCGGCUGAUUGGGUUCUAGCUGGAGCUGACAUGUCGUUGCCCAUGCAACUCGCCGACGACGGGUAUGACGUGUGGAUGGCCAAUUGCCGCGGUAACACGUACAGUAGAAAACAUAUUUCGAUGACUUACAAACAAAAAUCUUUUUGGAAUUUCAGCUUACACGAAGUCGGGAAAUACGAUAUACCAGCUUCGAUUGAUUAUAUUCUUUCGACUUCGAAUACGCAACAACUCCACUACAUAGGUUAUUCCAUGGGCAGUUGUGUCUUUUUCAUUAUGGCUUCUGAGAGACCAGAAUAUCAACCCAAAAUCCGAUCACAAAUUAGUCUCGCGCCUGUUGCCUAUUUGUCGAACACCAGAUCGUCUCUGAGGUUUAUGGCUCCGUAUGCAAAAAUGAUGAAUAUCGUGUUUCAAAGGAUGUGGAAAGGGAUGUUAAUGCCACAAUCGGGUAUGCAAAGGUUUUUGGCGUCUACCAUAUGUAGAGAAAGAAUAACACAGAAAAUGAUAUGCGAAAAAUGUAUCAUAUUUUCCGUGUGCGGCAGCGACCCGUAUCACUUUGACACCAAAUUGAUUCCUCUCAUCAUGGGACACUUUCCGGCUGGAACGUCUUCGAAUCUCGCCGCGCACUUCGCACAAUUCAUAUUGAAAGACAGUUUCGGACAGUACGAUUACGGCCGAGCUUUGAAUUUGCGUCACUACAAUUCCACCGAGCCGCCAACGUAUGAUUUGAAGUCGAUCCGAGUACCCAUCACGCUGAUCUACGGCGAAAACGACAUACUAGCCGACACGACGGACGUAUUGAAACUGAAAGCCCAACUGCCUAUGGUUUUGGACGCGUUUCCGGCCAAUAGCCCGUACUUCAACCACGUGGACUUCCUGUGGAGCUCCAAUGUCACCGAACAGAUCAACAAUCCGGUCAAGGGAAUACUCCGGAAGACCGACGACUUGGGAUGGACGUACACGGGCCCCGCGGCCAACGCCGUCCGCGUGGACGCCGCCGUCCCCGUCAGCCGACCACCGAGCCAGAUGCAGCUGAACCCCGUGCCGGGCGCCACGAGCCUCGCGCCCAGCCUCGAGUUCUUCGCCGAGAACCUUGACGCGAUCAUCGCGAGCACCAUGCCCCAGCCGGUGGACGAGCGCGACGCGGCCGUGUUCGAACGCGAACGGGAACAGCAGAAGCUGUUGUUCGGCGGCGUCAUCAAGUUCGCGCUGGCGGCCGAAAAGAAGUACGGACAGCUGCGGGAGGAGAUCACCAACGAGAUCACCGGAUGGGCGGACGACGUGGCCACGGGCGCCGAGACGCGCGUCAAGCAGACAGCCGUCCUGGUGAACGGCAAGAUCGCGUUGGCCGGCCACUCGGUGGCCGGGGCCGUCGGCAAAGCGGAGCACUUCGUCGUCGACGGCGUGGGCAAGGCCGAACAGUCUGUGGUCGUCGGCAUCGGCAAGGCCCAGAACUACGUCAACUACGGCCUGAACAAGGCCGAUCGGGCCGUCGGAAACGCGCUGAACGCCACCGUGGGCCGCGUGAGCCGAGUGUUCUGGUUCUGGAAGUGACCGCGUCGGCUGUUCAGAAUCAUACGAUAUUAUGUAGUUAUCUCGGCCGCCGCGCGCCCGUCGUACGCACUCGACCGCUCGUCGCGGUGUCCGGUACGGCUGCAGUUAGUGUAGUUAUAGUUAUCUAUAUCAUUGUUAUAUAUAUAUAUAUAUAUAUACAUAUACUAUCGUGGUUACAAUAUUUUUAGUUAUUGUACUAUGGCGCUUACCUAAGCCGUGAACAAUACACGAUUUAGCGGUUUGUCGUUUAAGUGCCAUUAUUGGUUUUUUUUUUUUUUUUAUAUAUCAGUACCUACACUUUUAUGUACGCGUCAAACGCUCUUUUAUAAUAACACAUUAGUAUACUGUUUGCAUAGGGAUGUACUCGAGACGUUUUACUUGUGCGAGUCAUGUGAUCAUUUAUGUCAUGUUACGAUUGUCGCGAAAUUGAAUUUUAACGUGUUUUAUUUAUAAAUAAAAUUAAAUAUU